UCUCUCUCUCUCUCUCUCUCUCUCUACAUAUCCAUAUAUAGAUAUAUAGAUAUAUAUAUAUUUGCAUAUGUAUAUGCUAGGUCAAUAAUAGCAACAACUUGACCUUGCUGAUUCGUCCAUGGCUUGUCUUGUUUAGGGCUCAAGAUUUCUUGGUCAAAGAAGAAGGCACCGACCCUUGUUGUGUGCACUGAUCAUGUCGGUCUUCUUGUGGAUCUUUGGGGCCUCGACAUAUCUGGGAGAACAAUCUUUAGAUCAAGAAACAAGUAUUCGCAGGGUUGGGUUGUCCAGAGAUCCUGCCUAAAUAAUAUAGGAGGAGGAGGAGGAGGAGGAGGAGGAGGUUCAAAUUGGAGGUGGGUCGUCAAUCGUCAUGGAGUUUAACGGGUUUUCUGAGAAAGAAGAAGAAGUCCAUUUCCUUUCUUGCUCUUCUUCAUCUUCUGCCUCUUCCAAGCUGUACUCCAAAGGUUUUCUUCCUCAGAACCAGCAGUUAUGGCUGGGGAAAGAAGAGGCAGCUGUCAGAUCCCAUGAUCAUCAUCAGCUCAUGGACUUGUCGCUAGGAAACGGUUAUGAGGAAGCGGAUGGUAGUGGAGGCGUUUUGGAGAUGGAGAGAGAGCAUAUGUUUGAUAAGGUUGUGACGCCGAGUGACGUAGGCAAGCUCAACCGCCUCGUCAUCCCGAAGCAACACGCUGAGAGGUACUUCCCCCUUGCCUCCUCGGCGAAUGAGAAUGGGCUGCUGCUGAGUUUCGAAGAUCGCAAUGGGAAGUCAUGGCGGUUCAGAUAUUCUUACUGGAACAGCAGCCAAAGCUAUGUGAUGACGAAAGGGUGGAGCCGCUUCGUCAAGGAGAAGAAGCUCGACGCCGGUGACAUCGUGUCGUUUGAGCGCGGUGUCGGAGAGUUAGGUAAAGACCAUUUGUACAUCGAUUGGAGGCGCCGGCCAAUUGAUGCACUGAAUCCCAUAUCGCUUACAACUUUGAAGCUGCCAAAUCAGCCACCGUUUCCUCGGGCAGUCCGAUGGGCUAGCAGACUGUAUUCGCUGCCCUCAUCAGUGUCGGUGUCCGUGUCGUUGCCACGACACCACGAACAGCUAAACUACAAUAUUGUUCAUCCUUAUCAUCAUCAUCACCACCACCAGUACCAUCCUCCUCCUCCACCUGAUCUACAUCAUCAUCAUCAUCAUCAUCAAUACAAUCUGGCCAGAUCAUCGGGCGCCUCAUAUGAUCGAAUUGGAGCAGUCGUUCCACAAGGCGAAGAUGCUCCCGUUGUACACCGUGGUAAAACUGUCGCUAAACGCCUCAGGCUAUUCGGUGUAAACAUGGAAUGUAGUAUGCCAGAAGAACCAGAAUGCCCCAUAUUGUCUUCUUCGCCCACAACGUCUUCGCUCUCGCCUUAUUUUCCAUCCUUGUCCCCCAUCCCUCCUGCCCAAUUAAGGCUACGCAACGCCGCCGCACUGCCGACAAUUCCAUCCGACUUUUCAAAGAAAGGAAAAAGUUCAUUUGACUUUUGAUGCGCAUUCCUGAGUGCAUUGCAUUUGCUGUGAAGAAGAGAAGACAAGAACACAGUACUGAAUGAAGUUUUUCCGAGUCCCAACUUUGUAAUUUGCUUGGGUUUGAAUCUAGGAUAGAAAGAUUGAAAGGGAUUGGAGAAAAUACUGUCGUUGUUGAGGUUUGGGCCGGCGUUGCGAUCCAUCAAGCUGAAAUCUUUCAAUUGGGUAUAAUUACUACAGUAUACAAAUAUCAAUCUAAGCAUGUUCCUGUCUCGUUUAUAGCUUCAUUUAUUUGUUAGGGUUAGGCUUUUCCAUGCGCCAUUCAGUUUGGUUUUGAAUAAAUUCGUUCCUCUACGUGAUGGAUAUUUCUGUGUA